AGAAAAAACACGAAGAAGUGUGUUAAUCCACGUGACCUCACAACAUCAACACAUGGCCACUCUUUCAUAGAAUGCAUUUCUCAUAGAAAAAUAUACUUUUUAUGAAUACGCUCACACUUUCUCAACAUCACAAUGAAGGUUAAAGUGCUGUCCAGAAACCCGGACGACUAUGUCCGCGAAACUAAAUAUGAUAUCCAGCGUGUCCCAAGAAAUUAUGAUCCAACCCUCAAUCCAUUCGAAGUGCCAAGGGAGUACACCAGGGCUAUGAAUGCCACUAAGCUAGAGCGAGUACUUGCCAAGCCUUUUCUUGCUUCUCUGGAUGGACAUAGAGAUGCUGUCAACUGCAUGGCCAAGCACUCCACUAGCCUUUCCACUCUGCUGUCUGGCGCAUGUGACGGAGAGGUGAAAGUGUGGAAUCUGACGAAGCACAAUUGUGUCCGCACAAUCCAAGCACAUGAGGGCUUUGUUCGCGGGAUGGUGGUCCGCUUCUGUGGCACUUCUUUCUACUCGAUUGGUGAUGACAAAACGAUCAAACAGUGGAAUAUGGAAGCGCCGGGCUACGGAGUGGAAGAGGAACCAAUCAAUACUAUCCUUGGCAAGACGGUUUUCACCGGUCUCGACCAUCAUCAGAAGAACGGCACAUUUGCCACCUGUGGCCAAACCGUUGACAUCUGGGAUGAGCAGAGGAGCACUCCCAUCCGCUCCUUCAGCUGGGGUGUGGAAAGCUUCAGCUCUGUGCGCUUCAAUCCAGUAGAGACGGAGCUUCUUGCUAGCUGUGCUUCAGACAGAAGUAUAGUCCUUUACGACAUGCGGGAGUCGAUGCCACUUAAAAAAGUUAUCAUGACGAUGAGAAGCAAUACAUUAUCCUGGAACCCCAUGGAAGCGUUUUAUUUCACAUGUGCAAAUGAGGAUUAUAAUCUGUACACGUACGACAUGAGGUACCUGGAGAAGCCGGUCACGGUGCACAUGGACCACGUCUCUGCGGUGCUUGACGUGGACUACUCCCCCACCGGCCGGGAGUUUGUCUCGGCCAGCUUCGACAAGAGCAUCCGCAUCUUCCCCAAGGAAAACAGAAACAGCAGGGAGGUGUACCACACCAAGCGCAUGCAGCACGUGGUCUGUGUCAAGUGGUCGGCCGACAACAAGUAUGUGAUGAGCGGCUCAGACGAAAUGAACAUCCGCUUGUGGAAGGCUAAUGCAGCCGAGAAGCUCGGAGUGCUCUCCCACAGAGAGAAGCUAGCAGCAAACUAUAACCAGAAGUUGAAGGAGAAGUUCCAGUACCAUCCCAAGGUGAAGCGUAUCGCACGCCAUCGCCACCUGCCCAAGCACAUCUUCACAGAGGCUAAGGAGCACACCGUGAUGAGAGUGGCUCGCCGCAGGAAGGAACGCAACGUGCGCAAACACAGCAAGCCAGGAGCCGUGCCCCUGUUGUCGGAGCGGGAGAAGCAUGUUGUGGCCGUGGUGAAAUAAGAGAAGAGGCGGCGACCUGGUGGAAUCCAGCGGGAGGCGGAAAAACCUCAACAUGUCCCACAGUCUCCCAGUGCAGUGACACUGAGACGAUGCUGUCACUCAGAGGGAUAUAUAUAGAUUUAAUAUUGUAUAUUAACAGGCUGCCUGUGACUUUUUGGCUUGUUUCAGUACUAGAGUGAGUCAUUGGAUUUAUUUUAUUCGAUGAUUUGUGUCAUUGGUUUUGUGUCAAAAAUAAAACCCUGAUUACUUUUAUUCAGGGGAUUUUCCCUCUAUUGUAUACAUUCUUUUUUUUUCAAAUGUUGGAAGGUCACCAUAUCUUUAUGUAUUGCUACCGAAACUCGACAGCAAAAAAAUGAUGAAAGACACAUUUUGGGAAAUGUUUUAUUAAUUAAAAAUUGACUUUUUGAA